ACGCAUUUCAUAUAAAAUAAAUAUGAUUCAAUGGUACGAGUCUUCAAAAAAUACUAGACUCCCAUAAUGCAGGGCAAGGACAUUGACCAUCAAAGGACCUUUAGUUAUUUUAAAUUUAAAACGAGCAAAAGAGAAAGGUAAAGCUCGUUGAGCAAUCAAAACGAGUUUUCUUUUUCAAAAAGAUAAUUUAUAAGUAGUUACUGAUUCACAGUAUGACUGGUCAAUGCAAAUGUAUAGUACCAAGGAGAACAUAAAUAAUUGCCGUAGACAGCAUGAUUCCCGGUUAAACACGCCGUCUAGAAUCAAUUCCAUGUCUCCCAAAGUCAGUCACAGGAGAGGAAAAUGGGAAAGUUAAUAGCAAAUGUAACAAAUAAAAAAUAAAAAACCAACUUAUAUUAAUCCAAGGUAUAACUAUUUUAUCACCUCCAUAGCUUUUCUAUUCUUAUGGUAUCCCACAGUUUCUCCUACUCUUGUUCCGUUCCUUAUCUGUCAAGAUCAAAGGAACUCAACUAUCAAAACAACCCCCCCACCAGGCCACUGCCACCUUCACGAUCUCUCUUGAGUCUGCCAAAAUUCAAUGGAAGAUUACAACAGAUCAAGAUCGUAUGUUAAUGGGAUGAUGCAGCUGGAUACCUACCAUGGACCAUCUAGGCCUUCAGCUUCUUAUGAUCUCAGGUGCUAUAGUGCUUCCUGUACUCAGUCCCAGAUGGCUGACAACUAUAACACUGGAAACAACAGGGACUUCAAGUUGAAGAAAGGGAAAAGUACUUCUGGCUCAUCUUCUUCAAAGUCGUGGAGCUUUGCUGACCCUGAAUUCCAGAGGAAGAAAAGGGUUGCUAGCUACAAGAUGUAUAGUAUGGAAGGUAGGGUCAAAGGGUCCUUGAGGAGGAGCUUUAGGUGGCUUAAAGAUAAGUACACACAAGCUGUCUACGGGUGGUGGUGAUUCUGGCAGUCGGGUCGGGCUCUUGUUUGUUGUUGUUCUUUUCUUUAUGUUUUUCUUGCUUGUAUUCAAGGUAUGUGUGAAAUAAAAUUUCAAUUUUUGUGUUAAAAGGGAGAUAUUUUUUUUAUAAAACUGAAUUUUUAUUACCUGGAAAAAUUUUCCUGGGUGUAUAUUUACAUAUUAAAUCCUUUCAAAUUCUUGGUGGUAUUAUGAUCAGAAGGCGUUGUCCACCUGAUUUCCAGGGCUUUCUUAUAGUUUUACUCUAUAUAUUGUUGAAUCAUUGAUGAUUUCACCGGUUUGUUAACAAA